GCCUCUGUCAGUCUGCACAGCACCACAGACAGAGUGAUCAGAAGACUGUCAGCUCUUCAGUACUCCUUGGACAGCUUCAACUAUGAUUAAUGGUGAUGUCAUGGAUGAAGGAGCAGGAAACCAGGCAGCAGAACCUGCUUUAGACCCACCUCCUGACCAUUCUAGCGACGAGGCCAUGGAUACAGAUGAACACCCAGGAGGUGAAAAAAACCAGAAGCAAGAUCAACCAGGAGAUCGCCUGAAUUCAAAGGUCAAAGAAAUGGACAACUACCGAAUAAAGUGUCCAAGUUGUAAUCUUAACUUUUCUCCAUCUUUUCAAUUCACUAUGGAAAAAGGCAGACAUUGUGAAUUUAAUAUUGAUCUCCAGAAAGAGAGCAAAAAUGACAACACUGACUGCACCAACGAGAAGUUAGAAUUAAAAAAUCAGUCAGCAGAUAUUGAAGUGAAAUGUCCAAACUGUGAACACAGUUUUCUUUACAAAGCGAUUGCUAAAAAAAAUAUUAAGACAGAUGGAUUUGACAUUGAGUUUUCAAUCGAAACCCCUGGUGCUAAUGAUACCAAAGGACAAUCAAAGAAGGAGGUUGAAACCGAAGAUUCCCUAUUGAAGUGUACAACCUGUAAAAAUGAUGUUGGUACAUCUGUUAAUUUUUCAAUGGAGAAAAACGGCCCAUGUAAAUUCAAUAUUUGUCUGUACAAUGGGAGUGACAACACUGUAUUGACCUCACAUGAGUUAACCCUCGGAAACAAGCCUGCAUCUGCUGAACUGAAUUGUCCGAAAUGUAAACAAUUUCUCCGCAAAAGCAAUGCUAAGAGGAUUAAUAAGAGGGAUGGAUUUGACAUUGAGCUGUCUAUCAACAAAACUGAGGAGGACCAGCUGGAAGGCAGAGCAGGGGAUAAUCAGCCUACAUCACAAAUAGACUUUGGUAAACUAAAAUAUUUUUUUGUGAAAGUGAAAAUGUUUCUGGGAAACUGUGUGUAA